CGCCGUAGCAACACGUCGCUUGCGUUCGAUCCUCACGAAAAUGGAAUCGAUCGCACGACCCAAAGUAAACCAAAUGGGACUCGCAAACUAGUCCGGGGCAUUCCGCAACCGAAAGUCCGCUAAACUAUGUGUCAACAGAACAAAUAGAGACAAUAAACGUAACAGAGUGCGCGGUUUCAGUUUGAGUUUUCAGUUAGAACCUCCCUGUAAAUGAAGCGUACUGACACAUCUGUUUGUUCGCAUGAAAGUGAUUGUAUUGUGACAUUUUGAAAUCGAUAGUACUGUUAAUUGAGGCGCGGAGUGUGCCCGCCGUUAGCACUGUGCAUGUCGAAUAUUGACUUUGUAAAAUUGCCGAAAAUACUCAGUGUUGUGUUUGUGGGAUUUUAAACGGAAGCUGUUAUUUUUUUUCGUUUUCGACGAAAUUAUACAAAGGAGUAAAGAUGAACCAAAAGUGCAAAGUGUGCGGGGAGCCGGCGGCGGGCUUUCAUUUUGGCGCGUUCACCUGUGAAGGUUGUAAGUCAUUCUUCGGACGAUCGUACAACAACCUCAACUCUAUAACCGAGUGCAAGAACAACGGCGAAUGCGUCAUCAACAAGAAGAACCGGACGGCGUGCAAAGCGUGCCGGCUGCGCAAGUGCCUCAUGGUCGGCAUGUCCAAGUCCGGCUCCCGCUACGGCCGCCGCUCCAACUGGUUCAAGAUACACUGCCUGCUGCAGGAACAGCAGCAAGCGGCGCAGUCGAGAUCACCGCCUCGAGUGCCGCCUUCGCCACAUCAUCUCGCGCCACCUUUUCCACCGCAUCUCUUCCCGGGACUAGCGAGACCGAGGACGAAAGAGGAGCUCGCGUUACUCGGCCUCGACGACUACAAGGCACCCUGCUCCGGCUCGCCGGACUCUCACCGCAGCGGCUCCUCGCCCAAACUUGACGAGAAGUCGCGACUCACACAGUCCCGGCCACCUGACAGACCGCUAACUCCCCCGAGAGACGCAUACGUCCCGCUUCCCUUAGCCAAUAUUACCUUGCCCCACUUCCCCCAUUCGCCGUUCUUACCUCCUCCGCCUUUCAGUCCAUUCGCCGCGAACCAUCCCCUUCUCUUCCCUCCCGGCUUCCACCCGAUAUACUCACGACAUUUGCUCGACCACGCGGCGCUACGUCAGGCAGCCGAAAAUAACAACGACGUUAGAAUCGAUGACCACAACGCCGACUCCUCAAAGCGUUUCUUCUUAGACGAGAUAUUAAAACAGCAGCGGUCGACUCAGCCCACGGUACAAGAGGAUGUUAUAUCGGAAGCGGAAUUUGUUCCUACACCACCAGCGGAAAGGAGAACAUCGGAGUCUCCUCUCCAGGAGAACCCGAUGGAUCUUUCUGUGAAGUCUGACGGCAGGUCCAGCUCGCGGCGGAGAUCUGACGACAGUGAGAUAAUAACAGCGGACAAUGAAGACGUGGAGUCUGCGAGCGCGGGCGGCUCCAGCGAGGAGGAGGACAUCGCCUACACUCAGAUCAAAAGAAUCAAACUGCACCCUCUAGAUCUGACCACCAAAGUGUAACGUCUACCGUUACUGUAAACUGUAUAUAUUGUUAAGAAAGGCCAGUAAAUCGGAUUGUGAUAAAAAUAAGUAUAAAAAUAAUUUUGGGCGUUUGUUUGUUAUCGAUUGAUUAAAGAGUCUAUCCCAAAUACGUAAGUUAAGUAGCGUUAGUGUUGACGAUAGUUAGCCCCGGUUAAAGGUUCGUGUACAAAUCUAUUGUAAAUAUUAAAUUAUUCGAUAAUCUAAGCGUUAGGUUAAUUAUUGGUUUACAGCGGAGACAGCCGGGUGUCGUUACGAUCGUUUGCUUCUCGAAUUGAUAAAGAAUUAUUUUUGUAUAAUUUCGUAUAUAAUUUAUUUGAUUUAGUAGAAAUUUUUCAUUGUUUUGAAGUUUGUGGAUUUUGAAAUGUGUUUAUGUUCGGGUGCAUUCUGAAUCUGGUAUUUUAAUAUAAGCUAAAACUGCACCUGACUUUUAUAUAAAACUCUUUAUUUCAAUGUAUUUGUAUACGAUGUAUAUUAUGUAUUUAAUACAUUCCUACGGAUUUGCUCAAAAUGUGAACAUUAUCAUGGUUCUUAUGUACUCAAUGUAGUGAAAUUUAGUCUCUAAACACAUACUCAGAUAUAAUACUUUACCAGUGGUACGUUUGUAUAUAAUUAGUUAUAAGUAGCGUGUUUUUUUUUAAUUGUGUUUACAAAAUGUUUUGUAAAGAAAUGCAUUCCACGGAGACGUACAAAAUA